CGGGGGGCGGGGCCGGCGGGGGUUUCUCCCGGGCUGGGCUGACGGCUGCGGUUGGGAACUUGGAUUUCGUACGUGAGCGGCGGGCGCGCGGCGGCCGUUUGGCCGACAGAUCAAGAAGACAUCAGGCUGUUAUCCAGUUGUCAUAGUUGGAUCGCAUUCUACAAGUCUUCAAGACUUCCAGUGGUGUUAAAGAUGAAGAGAGGGCCUACUAAUAGAUCACAAAGCAGAGUGAACCAGGUGACAGCUGAGGCUGUAUUCACCAAGUAAACUUAGCUGUCAAAUGUUUUUGGGAGUGUUUCAUGAACAGUGGGAGACAGAGGCUUUCUAGGAACCAAGGCCUGGUGGUGGUCAUCUGAAUUGUGUAAGCUGUGACAAUGACAACUGAAGUUGGCUCAGAGACUGAAGUAAAGAAAGAUUCUGAGCAGGUGGGACCAGACAAAGCCAAAGGCAAGCCUGAAGAAGCCUCAGAGACUCCAGGAAAUGAUAAGUCCAGGAAAGCAUCCUCCGAAGAAACUCAAGAUUCACCAGUCCCAGCACCAACUAGCCCUACUAGCCCAAGGAGCCAGAAAAAGGAAAAAGAUUCAUCUGAAAGCAAGGGUAUUUCUCGCUUCCUUCCUCCCUGGCUUAAGAAACAAAAAUCCUAUACAUUGGCAGAGCCCAAAGAUGAGGCCAAGAAAAGAGUAACAGGGGAAGAACAAGUAGCUGAAGAAAGUGAAAGCCAUCCAUCCGAGGGGAUGGCUCAACCAAAAAGGAGUUUAGAAAUAGUGGCUGAAAAUAAUGCUAAAGGAGAUGACAAAGAAGAAAAACAUUCUGUUAGUAGUGCAGAAACACAGCCUGCCAAAGAAGAUGGGAAAGAAGUUGAAGUAGAAAAGGUUGCAGAAGAAAAAGAAGAGAAGGAAAAAAGGGAGACAAAAGAAGUGCAGACAGCUGAAAGUAUUCCCCAGAAGCCUCCUAAGAAAAUUAAAACCGUGCAGUGUAAAGUGGUGCUCCUGGAUGGCACAGAAUACAGCUGUGAUCUAGAGAAAAGAGCGAAAGGACAAAUUCUUUUUGACAAAGUGUGUGAACAUCUCAAUUUACUGGAAAAGGACUAUUUUGGGCUGUUGUUUUAUGAGAAUUCAGACCAGAAGAACUGGCUAGAUUCUUCAAAAGAAAUUAAGAGACAAAUUCGAAGUUUACCUUGGCUGUUUACUUUUAAUGUGAAAUUUUAUCCUCCUGACCCUUCUCAAUUGACUGAAGACAUCACUAGAUAUUUCUUGUGCCUACAGCUUCGCCAAGAUAUUGCCUCUGGUCGACUGCCAUGUUCUUUUGUGACUCAUGCCCUCCUGGGUUCAUAUACCCUGCAGGCUGAAAUGGGUGAUCAUGACCCAGAGGAGCAUCGUAGCGACUACAUCAGCGAAUUUCAAUUUGCACCCAAUCAAACUCAAGAAAUGGAGGAGAAAGUAGCUGAGUUACACAAAACACACAGGGGCCUGACUCCAGCACAGGCAGAUUCUCAGUUCCUAGAAAAUGCGAAGAGGCUCUCAAUGUAUGGAGUGGAUUUGCAUCAUGCCAAGGAUUCUGAAGGCGUGGAUAUCAUGCUGGGUGUAUGUGCUAAUGGACUGCUCAUUUACAAAGACAGACUGCGAAUCAACCGCUUUGCUUGGCCAAAAAUUCUAAAGAUUUCCUAUAAGAGAAGUAAUUUCUACAUCAAAGUCAGGCCAGCAGAACUGGAACAGUUUGAGAGCACUAUUGGAUUCAAACUGCCAAACCAUCGGGCCGCUAAGAGGUUAUGGAAGGUUUGUGUGGAGCACCAUACUUUCUUCAGACUUCUAUCACCAGAACAGCCUCCAAAAUCAAAGUUUCUAACCUUGGGUUCCAAGUUCCGCUACAGCGGGCGUACGCAAGCACAGACACGACAGGCUAGCAACCUCAUAGACAGACCGGCUCCUUACUUUGAGCGCUCUUCAAGCAAACGUGUUUCCAGAAGCCUUGAUGGUGCUCCUGUGAGUAUCUCAGACCAAAGUCUAAGAGACUUCCAUACUAUGAGAGGGCAGCCUGGAGGAGACAAAAUCAUUGACCUUGAAGCUGCUGGACAAGCCAAGUUGAAAGAAGGUGGCAGAGAAGAUGAUGGAAGCCCACUCAAAACUCCACAAUUAGAGUUGAUUCAGGAUGGAAAGAGCAAUUCGUUGAGAGUAGACGGGGAAAAUAUUUAUGUCAGACAUAGCAAUUUAAUGUUGGAGGACCUGGAUAAGACUCAGGACGACUUACUGAAACACCAGGCUAGCAUUAGUGAGCUCAAGCGCAAUUUCAUGGAAUCCACACCUGAACCACGCCCCAAUGAGUGGGAAAAGCGGCGUAUCACACCUCUGUCCCUACAGACACAAGGGAAAAAAGGAGACCACAUUUUCCAAGUGAAAACGCUGCCUGGAAAGGAGAAGCAAUGGACUGCAAUGCCAUCAAUUUCUGGAACAAAACCAGAGGAAACUGAUAAGAAACAUGCUUCCAGAGCAGAAGGACCUUGCACUGAAGUCAGCAAUGCUGAUAAGAGUUCACAUGAGACUCUGGACAUAGUGGAGGAGAAGAAGCAGGCAGAGGUUGGGAUAGAAGAAACACUAGUCAUAGACGAAACCAACAAAGGGAAAAUACAAGUUGCCACUGAUGCUGGGGAAACAUGUAAGGUGGAGCACUUGACAAAAAAGGACUCUUCUUCUUUGCCAUCAGAUAGUAGUAGCAGCAGCAGUAGUAGUGAGAGUGAGGAUGAAGAGGUGGGAGAAUACCAGCCACAUCACAGGGCUGUUGAGGAAGUCAUCAGAGAAGAACAGGAAGAAGAGGAAGAUGUGAAAAGGAAAGAACAUGAAGAAAAAACACAGCACGUGGAAGCCACACCAGAAGGCAGUCAGCUAACUGUACCAGCUGAGCACACACAAGUUGCAGCUGAAGAUUUGGUUCAGGAAAAUGCAACUACAAUACCUGCAGAGGAGAAGAAUUUGUCAGAGGAAAUUAAGCAAGACCUAGGUGAAGAAAAGGAGGAGGAACAGCUCAAACUCAAUGGAGAUGUGUCUCAUGUUGACAUUGAUGUUUCAUCACAAAUAAUUUGUUGUUCUGAGCCUCCAGUAGUGAAAACAGAGAUGGUAACCAUUUCAGAUGCCACACAGAGAACUGAAAUCUCCACAAAAGAAGUUCCAAUUGUUCAAACAGAAACUAAAACCAUCACAUACGAAUCCCCACAGUUUGAUGGCAGUGCUGGUGGCAGUGCUGGUGUGCUGCUGAGUGCACAGACAAUUACAUCAGAGUCAAUUUCUACUACCACAACUACACACAUCACAAAGAUGGUUAAAGGUGGUGUAUCGGAAACAAGAAUUGAGAAACGAAUUGUCAUUACUGGAGAUGCAGAUAUUGACCAUGAUGAGGCUCUGGCACAGGCAAUCAAAGAAGCCAAAGAACAGCACCCUGACAUGUCUGUCACAAGAGUAGUGGUGCACAAAGAAACUGAACUUGCUGAGGAAGAUGAAGACUAAAAUGUAAAAUGCCCUCAGGCAAACAUUUCAG